AUGGAUGUUAUCAACUUCAUUAGCAAGGCAGAUGGGUUGCCCGACGCAGAUAUAUCGGCUCCUGGAGCUAAACAUCAACAUGGCGCCGCUACGCACUACGCAUGCGGUCCGCGGCUUCACGAAUACCUUCGCGAGAUUGGCAAGAUCCUCAAGCAAUACGACGCGUUCUCGGUCAGUGAGAUGCACUCUGUGAAUGAUCCGAAGCAAGUUAUUAAGAGUGUCGGAGAAAGUCGCGGUGAGCUGGACAUGAUCUUCAGUCUCGAAAUGCUGGAGCGAAUGGCUGGGUCGGACGAAGCAGUAUUGGCUAUCGCCCGAAAGCAAUACAAGCUGAAGUCCCGGCACAAUGCCCGAACACCUGACCAGUGGGAUUCAAACCGCAACGCAGGCUUCUCGAACGGGACUCCAUGGAUCAAAGUCAAUGAUGAUUUCACAUACUGCAACGCAGCUAGCCGAGUCGCCAAUCCUGGUAGUGUAUUAAAGCUCUGGCGCUCGUGUCUGGCGCUUCGCAACGACCUGCGAGAUGUCAUCACCUAUGGAGACUUUGAGCUCAUUGAUGCGGAGCAUGAUCAUAUCUUUGCUUACUCACGGACUAAUUGCAACUGGAAGGCUCAAGCUGUCACUGUCUGUAGUUCCCGAGAAACUCGGGUCUCUUAG